AUGAUCUGGGAUGAGGAUAAUUCAAGUGCUGAAGGAUGUUUUUCUUGCAAAAUAAUGGGAUUCGGAGUACUGGUGCUCUUACCACAGGCAGUGUGCAAGAUCCCUAGUGCUAAAUGCAACCUCAACAAUCCUCUUCCUAUUCUUCAUAAAUAUUACCAGUCAGGAGAUGUUAUCAUAGGUGGCAUUAUGUCCCAGAUCUACACAUUCUCAAGUUCAAUAACCUUCAAACAGCGGCCCUGUAUUGACUUCUUUGAUGACCAUCUGGUGAUAACUCAGCUUUACCAGCAUAUCCUGGCCUUCGUGUUUGCUGUAAAGGAGAUAAAUGGAAAUCCCAAGCUUCUCCCCAAUAUUACCCUGGGUUUCCAGAUAUACAACAGCCUUUUCACCCCAAGUGGGACCUACGAUGCCUCUUUGGAACUUAUCUCUGCACAGGGCAGGUUCAUACCUAAUUACAAGUGUGCCGUGCAGAACAACCCAAUAGCAGUCACUGGCGGAUCUAAUUUGGAUAUCUGUCUCCACAUGUCAAACAUCCUGUGCAUCUACAAGAUUCCACAGCUGUUCUAUGGAUCUCCUCCGGUGACAGAUACAGGGACUCCGGUGUGUUUCUCCUACAAGAUGGUCCCAAGUGCAGAUGAUCAGUUCAAGGGCAUUCUCCAAUUACUGUUGCAUUUCAGAUGGACUUGGAUUGGGGUGGCAAUAACGAACCAUGACAGGAGAGAACACUUCAUACGUAACGUAGUCCCCAUGUUUGCCCAAAAGGGGAUUUGCCUUGAUUUCAUAGCAAGAGCCCCAAUGGUUACUUAUUCCGAAGGUAUCAACGAGAUGGUGCAAGAGGGGAUCAACACCUACCAUGCCAUAAUGAGAAGCACUGUUAAUGUUGUGGUAGUUCUGGGUGAAAUAGAGACUAUGAUACUUCUAAACAUGUUCCCAAUCGUGUCAGACAAUACGCAUAUGUCAAUGGGGACUAAAGGUAAAGUGUGGAUCCUGACCGCUCAGAUGGAUUUCACAUCGCUGUCCUUCCAGAGAAAUUGGGGCGUAGAUUUCCUACAUGGUGCUCUGUCAUUGGCCGUUCGAUCCAAGGAAGUCUUGGGAUUUCGUAGCUUUCUGCAGACCAGGAGUCCCCUCUUGGAAAAAGAAGAUGGCUUUAUCAAGGAUUUCUGGCAAGAGGCUUUUAACUGUUCCUUCCCUGAUCCCGCCAUAGCUGUGGUGGGCGAGGAGACAUGCACUGGAGAGGAGAAGCUAGAGACUCUUCCUACCUCUGUUUUUGAAAUGAGCAUGACCGGUCACAGCUACAGCAUCUACACAGCCAUCUAUGCUGUCGCACAGGCUCUGCAUAAGAUGCAGACAUCUAAAUUCAAACACAAAACAAUAGUGGAGGAAGGAAUGCUGGAGCUUCAGUCUCAAGAUCCAUGGAAGCUCCACCUAUUUCUGAAAAGCAUCUCAUUUAACAGCACCGCUGGCGAACAGGUUUCCUUCAAUCCAAAUGGAGAAUUAGAAACUGGAUUUGACAUAAUCAACUGGAUCACGUUCCCAAACCAGUCCUGUUUUCGAGUGAGAGUUGGAAGGAUAGACCCUAUGGCUCCCCAAGGAGAAAUGUUCACUAUUUUUGAAGAUGCUAUUUUGUGGCCAAGCAGUUUUAACCAGACACGCCCUCGUUCUCUUUGUAAUCCCCGGUGCCAUUUGGGUUCCAGAAAGGCCAAGAAGGAAGGGAAGCCAUUUUGCUGCUAUGAUUGCCGUCCGUGCUCCAAAGGGAAGAUUUCUACUCAGAUGGACACGGAUGCUUGCUUUUCAUGUCCACCUGACCACUACCCGAAUGAAGAGCAGAACCUCUGCAUUCCAAAGAAAAUAAAUUUCUUGUCUUAUGAAGAACCCUUGGGGGUCACUUUGGCCAUUCUCGCUUCCUCCUUUUCUGUCCUCACAGCUGUGGUUCUUGGAAUCUUCGUUAAGUACAAGGACACGCCCAUCGUCAAAGCCAACAACCGAAGCCUCACCUAUCUCCUCCUCUUCUCCCUUAUGCUGUCUUUCAGCAGUGUUUUGAUAUUCAUCGGACAGCCCAAGAGAGUAACAUGUGUCCUACGGCAUAUUAUUUUUGCUAUUGCUUUCUGUCUGGCAGUUUCCUGCAUUUUAACAAAGACUAUCAUUGUGGUUUUCGCUUUCAAGGCCACAAAACCUGGCUCCAAGAUGAGGAAAUGGGUGGGGAGAAGACUGGCCAUUUCUGUUGUCCUUUCCUGCCUGCUGAUCGAAACCACUUUUUGUUCUGCGUGGCUGGCAAGCUCUCCCCCAUUUCCAGAUCUGGACAUGCACUCAAUGCUUAACGAAAUUGUACUCCACUGUAAUGCAGGAUUGAACACCAAGGUAUUCUAUGUCUUUGGUUUUUUGAUUUUCCUCACCAUUACCAGCUUUGCAGUGGCUUUCCUAGCCAGGAGGCUACCUGACAGUUUCAACGAAACCAAAUUCAUCAUCUUCAGCAUGUUGCUCAUUUGUACUGUUUGGGGGUCCUCUCUUCCCGCAUACUUGAGCAGUAAGGGAAAGCAGACUGUAUCCGUGGAGGUUUUCUCCAUCUUGGCCUCUAGCACUGGCUUAUUGAUUUGCAUCUUUUCCCCCAAAUGCUACAUCAUCGUGCUGAGACCUCAACUGAACAACAGAGAGCAGCUCGCCCGAAGAAGAAAGAAGUGA